GCCUCUUGGAAGUGAGCCAUAUGCAUCCGUAUGUACGAUUACGAUGUGCGAGUUCCUGGCUAAAUCACCGUUGCUACCUUUGCCCUGGAAGCGCGAGAAACGUUCGCUUUUACAAGACGACCACCUUGGGAACACUGCGGUAAAUCCCCUCGAAGGCUUUCUGUGCUCCGCCAGUGCGGCGUCAAGGUUGAAUGUGGUGCGAGCCGUACACACGGACGGAUUUUAUUCGACAGUAAUGGUUAUCCUCGUACUUUCCAGACCGCCUUGUCAAUUGCAUGUUCCCAAGCUUCUCACCAGCAUUACUGAUUUGGAUUGGGGGAAGCCUUCUUUCUAGUCCUACUAUAGACUUACUUUGUGGCGGACCGCCGGUGAUUCUGACAUGCCUUUAUGGAUGGCGAUAGCGCUGAGUAUCUAGCGAUAUCAUGGACAGACAUAAACUUUCCCGCGUAUUCUGUCAACAAGUCCUCAUCAGUAAUCAUUCAUCAUACGUGUACAACAAUGUCUCCGCCGAGCCACCUAUAUCGAACAGGUCCAGGGAUCCGCAGGGCUCCACGUUGCAAUUCCUAUGGCAAAACAGCUCUGCAGCGGGAGCUUUCCAUUGACCCUUUGGAUUGACUCAAUGUCUACCGGGGCGGCUAUGGCCACGUGUACGUACCUUUGGAGUCUUUUCCGAGAAGUCCUCAUGCUCGACUAGGACACGGAGAGGCGAAAGCCAUCACCAGAUUCGACCAGGCCGCUCUUCCAGACAUGCCAUAGGAACAUUCAAGUUUAUAUAUAGCUUCAGUGGAAGUCUUCAUGUCCUGAUAACGAAUAAAUAUUGGGCUUCAUCUCCAGCUUUUACGGUCAGACAACAAAGUCCCCCUUUCACAACACUUUGUCCAUCAUGUCUUCACGAUCAUCCACGAUGUCGGCCAGUGCAGUGUCCUCUUCUUAUGACAACUAUCCCUGCCCGUCCUCAUCAUCAUCAUCGGAGGGUGUCAUAUACGACGUUUACCCAAAAGUAUCUCGUCGAUCAAAGUCGGCAGCUUGGGUCGACCCCACUUCCUUUUCAAACUACGGGGAUGUCUCUCAAAUAAAAGGGAACGUAUCCCCCUAUGUAAAACAACUCAUCUUGAAUACUUUCGUUGCCUACGGGGCCGGCGAUGAACAAUGCUUUGGACACACUGUUGCAAAGUCUGUCAAGUUUAUUGAUAUCAGCGUCGAAGAAAAUAGCGACAAGAAAGGUCGUAUGGAAGCCACAACUGUCGCAGAAGUCAUUGUAACAAAAAGUAUGCUCAACGGAGCUGGAAUGCUUCACGGCGGAUGUAUAGCAUUCCUCAUUGAUAAUACACCUCUCAUAGCCCUCGGGCUGAUCCAAAACGUGAACGGCGUUGGGGUGACCCAAGCCAUGAAUGUACUCUUUCACUCGCCAGCGCCUUUGGGGACAUGUCUUCACAUAAUCAGUACUUCGAUAGCACUUGGUGGAAGAAUCAUGAGUGCACGAUGCGAGGUCGUCAAUAAAGACUCGGGAAGAAUUGUUGCCUCCGCCUACUUGAACAAAAUGCAACCUGUCAUAACCAAAUUGUGAAUUUCCUGUUGUGGACUGACCUAUAUAGACCAUGGAUAGACUUAUACCACUGUAUCAACUUAAUGUAAAAGUAGCAUCCGCAUAUGUGAUAUCAGUACACGG